AAAUCAGAGCAAGAAACGUGGAACAAGGAUACGGGUGUGUUAUCGUCAUCGUUGUCGUCGUCGUCGUCGUGAUCGUUGUGUCGUUGUUGUCAUCUACGUGUUUAGUUGUUUUCAUAAGUUUGUUGUUUGUCCGGCAAGACUUACAUAAAGCAAGAAAAGCUAGCAAAGAAGCAUCUAUAUGUGAGUUCUGGGAGCGAGUCCUCCAAAACAUAGCAAACGAACAUUGAACGGGACGCGCGAAAAAACAACUGGAAAAUAAGGAAAAAUGUCAAUGUUCAUAAGAGAAAUGAGAAAAAUAUUACAGGGAUCUACUUUACGAGUUAAAGUUUAAGUUACGAACGGAGGGUAAAAUAAUUUGAACAACAACAAACAAAACUAUCGAAGCAGCGAAACUACACACUAGGAGGACGUUAACACGCGUUUGUUAUUUAGUGAUAUUGGAUCAAAACAAAACAAAAACUGGUGUAUCGUGUGCGUGUGUGUAUCUCGAAGUGAGUGGAGAAUCUACCGGCUGAAGAAACACAGGAAUAACAACACGUUGUGUGUAGUCUCCAAAGCAUUCGGGAACGGUCUGUGAACCCGGUCUCUUGUAGGUUCUUGUGCAUUCAAGAACUGCAUUCGCUCUCAGCGGCUCGGCAUCAUCGUCACACAAGGGAGGAUAGAAAUGCACUUUCGGUCAGGCUUGCAUCUCGUGGAUGUCGUGCUAAAGGGAUAGUCAAAAAUCAACCACAGGCGCGUGAGCGUGUGAAACGAACCCAUAACGUUGCACCGACCGGAGGUUGUGUCACGCACGCACGUACGCACCCCAUUGUUGUGGUUUCCGUUCGUGGUUUUGUCCUGCGAGCCUCGAACUGGGGCCUCCAAUUCCCCACUGGAGCAUGUUUCAGCAGCUGUAGAGCUCCGCGCCAUCGAGAGUUUUCCCCGAGAAUACCAUCAACCCGAAUCGAGCCAGAAGUCAAAUUAACAACAACAAAACACUAAAACCAAGAAAUCACAUCAAAAAGUGCCUAACCACAAGUUCUUUGUUCUCGGUGUUGAAAAGUGUUGUUUUCUUCCGUUUUGACGUUCCCCAACAAUCCUUGCUCUUGAUGUGAAACAUCUGCCGGCAGUUCUCACAGAUAAGUGAGGCCGAUACUCGAGGAUAUCAAUUGUUAUCACUGUUACCCCCCGCUCCGAAGGGAUCCAAACUUUAUAUAUCAUUCACGAACUGACCAGACUAAAGAGAGUCUUCCGGAAGCUUGUAAAGCUCGGAGGACGUAAAACACAGGAAUCGUCCUAGGCCCAGCCAAAAACAUAAAAAAGCAAAACAAAACCCAAAAAAAACAUUUGCUCGUAUCUUGUAGUCUUGUCUUAAUUUAAUGUCCCCCGGUGACUUUGGCUCGGGCAAUCCUGAAGUCACGCGCUGUGUUGCGAAACAAACACACCGCCAGAUUCCGGAACGACGGAACACAAAAAAAAAGUUUAGAUGUGGAAAUUGAUUUUCUCGUUCUGUUUUCUUGAUUCCGUGGUACAGUGGAAGUAGACGAAAGAAAAGGAAGCGGGAGACGGAGUGAAAACCCAAAGCCCAAGCAGUUGGUGACCUAAAGCGACGAACAAGUGGAAAAAUACAAAUUUAAUUUCAAGUUUAUGUGUUGAGAGAUCUUGCGGAUAGUCAAAGUUUUGGGUCCGAAUUCGGACAGUGGAAGAAGAAGAAAGGAAAACAUCGCUAUAAAGUGGAAAAAGAUUGAGUUGGUCGCUGCUAGCCGCAAGGAAGUGGAUUGAAGGAUUCCGAUACACCGUAAGUGUAUAAAAGUGCAAAGAAAAAGGCAGACACGUGGAAACGAAUUUUUCCUCCUCGGCCAAAGUUUUAUUGUUUCGCUCAUCUAUCAACCCACGAAGAGAGAGGACGGAAUACCGGUAAGGAAUUGGAAUUUUUAUGAUAGAUGAGGAAUUGUUCUGAAAUUCUCCGAGUUUACAGUGAAGAAAAACGGAACGGGGUUUCGGUGAGGGAUACGAGAAUAGGAGGCUUGUGGGGGUGAGAUUGUGUUCGCCGUAUUGUUUAUGUUGAGACCGAGAUUGAAAGUUUCGCUUUAAUUUUGAACACGCCUUUUCCCGGACACGGCUCGAGAGUAAUAUCCGAAAAUCGUGCUCUGGAGUAAUAAGUUAUAAUAAUAGUUGCACUAACAAUAUCAUCUGCGAGGGGAAACCAUUGGUUGAGAAUCGUGCAUUCAAAGGCAGUUAGUGUUUCGGCGAGAAAGAAAUAUUUGGUCGGUCAGCUCCAUUAGAAGUCCUGUGUGUGAGCGCGAAGUGAAACAGAGAAAAACAUUGUGUGCCCAUAUUACAAAGUGCAGUGAAAAAUAUUAAUGAGAUAUUAUAAUAAUAAUAACAGCUCAUAAAUAACGACGCCGGGUUGAAGUUUUGUGUGUGUGUUUAAGUGGUUUUCUAAACGAAGAAUAAAACGAGCGAAAGGAGAAGAUCUAACGGAAGCAGUCCUCGGCAAAGGAAGGUGGAUCGCAGUCGUUUUGUAGAGAAGUUCCUAGCGCGGGGGAAAAACGGUGGUGUGAAGAAUCGUGUUAAAGAAAUCACAAAUCAUAAGCAAAAAGCACUCCCUGAGUGGAGCAAACGAAAGGAAAAGUGAGUGUAUGUGCUUGUUAGAAGUUCUCCUCUUUCGAAGGGAAACACGCGGUGUGAGUGUGUGGUUUUUCCAGAAAAAGAAGAGAUAAAAAAUAAAUGUGUAAUAAUAGUGCAAUAAUUCUCCACUCGCUAUGAGUUGUGCAAUGAUUCGCCACUUUCAAUGAAAAGGAAACAAAAACAUUCCAGUUCGGUGCCCAGCAAGUAGUACAAACCAGACCAAGGAAGGCAGGCGAAGCAAAAACUCUACCAGAAGGAAGCAUUAUCAUAGCAAGCAAAUACUAUCAGGAAAUUUGAAACAAAAUAUAACAAAAAAUCAAAACGGGAAAGCCUGAUUCACUUUCCAGUGGAAGGAAGCAAAAGUUAAAAAAAGAAAAAAAAGAGAAAUAUAAUAGCUGCUUCAGCAACCCGUGUGCCUGUGUUUCGAAGAAAGUCUCACUAAUAAAAGUAGCAAAACUCCGCGCGAAAGGAGGUGGAGAGAGUGCUUUUUGUCGACGACAGGAGAAGAAAUACAACACGAGGAGCUUCGUCGAUAUUUCGAACUCGACCAAAUGUUGGCCUUCCACAACGAACACAUAACAAGCUGUGCGUUUUUGACGUAUUUCGGUCCGGAAAACGCUAUUAACGCUCAGAGCGCGUUACAUGAAAAGCAGACUUCACCUGGGGUUUAUCUCAACCAAUUUCUUCUCUCACGCGAUGCAGAAGAGACCGUCUCUUCUACUAGCAAAAUGAAUCGACAGUGGAAACUCACUAUCGGCAGAGGCGAAAUCAUAUGAACCGUGCUAUUCAAGUUAAGCCAGCGGAUAGCGAGAACCGCGGUGAUCGAAAGCUUUUCGUUGGCAUGCUUAGCAAGCAGCAAACCGAGGAGGAUGUAAGACAGUUGUUUAACGCGUUCGGAACCAUAGAAGAGUGCACGAUACUGAGAGGACCCGACGGUACCAGCAAAGGUUGCGCCUUUGUAAAAUUUACCUCGCAUCAAGAAGCUCAAGCUGCUAUAUCAGCCCUUCACGGUAGUCAAACUAUGCCGGGUGCGUCCUCUAGCUUAGUGGUCAAGUUUGCGGACACCGAGAAAGAGCGGCAACUCCGUCGUAUGCAGCAAAUGGCCGGUCAUAUGAACCUGCUGUCCCCGUUUGUCUUCAACCAGUUUGGACCGUAUGGUGCCUACGCACAACAGCAACAAGCAGCACUAAUGGCGGCAGCCACUGCACAAGGAACGUAUAUCAAUCCAAUGGCUGCGCUCGCAACACAAAUACCUCAUGCGUUGAACGGUUCGGGACAACCCGUGAACGGUGCCAUCCCAUCGCUACCGUCACCGACAAUGCCGACCUUCAAUAUGGCAGCACAAACUCCCAAUGGCCAGCCAGCCGGCUCCGAAGCGGUCUACACGAACGGAAUUCCACAAACCUACCCAGGGCCCAUUUACGUAGAUGCGCUCCAUCUGUCGAUACCGGCCCAAGGACUUCCGAAUGGGGAUGCCGCGCUACCCCACGCAGCAUAUCCCGGCAUCCAGCCCUACCCGGGUGUUGCCUACCCAGCCGUUUACGGACAAUUUCCGCAAGCCAUACCACAGCCGAUAGCCACCAUUGCACCAGCACAACGUGAAGACGCCAUUGUGUAUCCCUCAGGCUGCUCAAUAUCGGGUCCCGAGGGCUGCAACCUGUUCAUCUACCAUCUGCCCCAGGAGUUCGGCGACGGCGAGCUGAUGCAGAUGUUCAUGCCGUUCGGCACUGUGAUAAGUUCGAAGGUCUUCAUCGAUCGGGCCACGAAUCAGAGCAAAUGUUUCGGUUUUGUGUCGUUUGACAAUCCCGCUAGUGCUCAAGCAGCAAUCCAGGCUAUGAAUGGUUUCCAGAUUGGCAUGAAAAGACUGAAAGUUCAGCUGAAGAGACCAAAAGACGCCAACCGACCCUAUUAACAAUCAGAGAUCAAAAGCGCUUUAAAGAGUGCUUCUGCUGAAGCUUUAAAAUACGAGGUUAAUCCCUAGACAAAAGUACUAAACCAUCAAUUAUAAAACAAACAAAAAAUGGUGAAAAAGAUGCAAAAAAAACAACUACAACCAGAAUCCAACCAUCUUUCACACUAAACAACACAAAAUAACCGCUCCAGAUGAAAUAGAACAUCUGCGGCGUAACCGAGGAAUUUUAGACACUGAGCUACUCCACAACUUGCGAAACGCUCCUUCGUAGAAUGCUAUAGUGAAAACCGAGGGAUUUCGAAACCACCCUAGAGAAAAAAAUGGCAGCAGCUGGUGAUGCUAUUCCAGUGCUACUAUUGAAUACUGUUGCAAAACAAUAUAACUAAUUAACGUAAACAGACACAAACACACACGCGCCAGAGCAGUAGUGAAGAACGCAUGAAGAUUACGGGAAACAAAAAAACAAAACCCAAUUCUAGUCACAACCAUAAGUCAUUUAGUUCCCACCACCCCCCGCCGUUCCCACUUCACUUUUUCUCUUUCACACACCCACAUACAAACACACACACGUUGUUAGACUACUUGUAGAAAUUCGAAUAUCCUUCUGUGAGAGCACGUGAAAUGAGCCUGGUAUUGUACCAAACGGAAUGAAGUGGUAUAAGAAACUUUUAGUUGAAAAUCAUUGAACUCUGUACAUUUUUAGAUAUAUAAAAAAAAACAUAUAUAUUAUAUAUAUACAAUCCUAAGCAUAUUUAUACAUUAGAAUCGAGUAAGGAUUUUUAUUUAUGAUUUGAACAUUUUUCAUUGUGCCAUUUUGAGGAAAAUAAAUACUGAAUAAAACAGGAAUAAAGAGGUAAGUUUACGUUUUUUUCGAGUCGGAAUUUCGAAGUUAGACAUAAAAAAACUUUUUGGCACAAUUGCAAAGGGAACUCAUACUAACGGGCACUGAAUGGGGCGUCAAAAGUAAAAAAAAAAAGAAGGGAAAUAUAUUGGCUGAAGAACUGCAGAAAAAAUAUUAAAAUUAAAUUUUAAACCUAAACCAUAGACCACUGAAGUUCUAUAUACAUAAUUGAUUAAAAAAACUAUAUAUAUUAUAUAUGAAGUUAGAUAAACAAGAUAACUUAUUAAAGCAAAGAGUAUUUAAAUUUAACAGAGGAAACAACCUAAAUAGUAACGUAACGAGGCAGAGGGUUGAUUGGGUGAAUUGCGACCUAACUGCUGAAUACGACUGACGGGAAUUUAAAGGAAACACAUGCUUUUCUAGAGUUGCGGAAAUGGCAAAUUAACAAAAUAAAGAGAAGUAAAAAAAGAACGGAGCAGAGGAACAAUUGCCCAUCACUUAGUAUACUAGCUAGAAGUAAUUUAUCUUAAUGGAGAAAAAAAAACAACAACAAAUAACAUACACUUACAGACAUAUUAUUUGCAUUACACACGAGGAAACUUAAAUUGAAUUGCGCCCGUGAGUCGCGAAAGUCGCGAAAAAAACGAACGAACGAAGGUGUAUAUAGAGGUCAAACCACGGGAAGCUGAGCCUAACAUUAUGUAGCAUAUAUUUAUGGUUUUGAUUUCACAGUGUAAUUUAUUUGUUUCCGUACGUUAGCAUCAUUUUACCUAUCUCAGUAUUACAGCAUUUAUUUAUCUAACUUUGGUUCCGGCGAUAGCUGGAAAGUUUAAUUUAUUUUCAUAAUAUUUGUUUUAUCUUCUCACGCUAGACUUAAUGUUGUGAAUCUUGAGUGCAAUAUUAAAUCAGUUGUUUUAACACUAGAGACUUCUUAGAAGAGAGCGAAUUUAUCACUAGUAUUAAUAAUUCGGAAUUUGUUAAAGCCUUUAGGUUUUUUUUAUAUAUAUUUGAAAAAUGAGGAAUAAUAGUUCAGCUUACUGGAAGAAGCUAAAAACCAAGUAACGAACCGGUAAGAAACUGCGUUACGAAUAAAUUAACCACAAAACAAGUGAACAUUGCAUUCAUUCGUCGUGAAUCUACAGCUAAGUAAAGCCAAAAAUGAAAUACACUUGUAAAGUUUUUUGAAUGCAAGCUAAAGCAAGGUAACCAACGCGGAACUUAUUUUUUUUUAGUUUUAAAUCAAAUCCUAGCCGAUGAGGAAUUCGUGAACCCAAAUCAAGUUAGUCAAGCUAGUAACGAAAAGAUAAGACUAAAUUGUUCGAUUUUGGUUCACCCCGAUAUCCCGACUUCCCGAUACUUUGUAGAGAGAUGAUAGUAGAGUUUAGUUUCAAUUUUAGCCAUUAGGUUUCCUUCUUCGCGGUUGCGUCGAGGAGACGAUAUUACGGUAUUAUAUUAUAAAAAACGGUAAGUCUUUCCUAUAAAAGAACAAAAUUAUGCCAGUCAAUAGGUAGCUUCAUUCAUUAUCCCUGUUAGAGAUGUUGCGACGCCGGGGAGACUCCAAACUCCAAACCCGUAGCUCGUAGGUUAGGAGAGCGCGGGGGGCGUGGGCGUUAACUAUCUACCCCAUCCGCCGUUCGCCGCCAUAAAUCAGGAUGAUGUGUAUAUAAAAAACAAAACAACAACGUAAAGCACGAGGUGGAUUUUAUACGGAGGAUUAUAAACGUUUUUAAUUAGAAAAGCAAAGGGAUUUAUUUUCGUUUUUCACCUCACCUCGCGGACCAACCUGCUGCUGGCAGAGGAUUAAGCGCAAGGUGCGCCUCUGUUGACAGCCGGUUACCUCGACACCAACCGGAAUGAUGAAUUUACGUCUUAAUUUGACGGUUGAUGGGAAUUGUUAUUAUUAAAAAAAGAGGUGCAGCAGCUUUAUUGUUAAUUAAAACUAAUGGCUCUCCCUUUCGGUAGCAAGUUAUUAGCUCUUUUUUUUUGUUUUUUUUUUCAGCGGCACUAACGACUUUGAUGAUUUACAUUUAUUUGUCCGUUUACAAUAAACGUAAUGAUAUGAUUUAGUAUUCAACGCACACUCAAAGAAGGCGCAAAUAAAAGAAAAACUGUUUUUAAAAUUUUUGUUACUGUCUAGGAGCAACAUAAAAUAGAUAUACACAGGUACGCACAAUUGUUUUUUUUUUUUCAACAUAAUGAAGGUCAUAAUUUCUCCGAGUGUUUCGGUCCCCAUCUCGUUUAAACCAUGCUAAACUCACUCUCUAUAUUAAAACUGUUAGGAAAAGAGAAAAAAAUUAGAAAAAUUCAACAAAUGGGCUGUGAUUUAAAUGUUUUAUUUGUACAAAAGGCGUACGUAAAAAUAGUGGACCUACCGACUGUCGAAGCUGAGAAGAUUGUUUCUUUUCCAGACAACUUGUAUAAUCGACCAUCUGCAAAAUGAUGCUAGUGACACCUACACUCUACCAGAUCAAAUCUGCCGACAUAGAUGUGUGUUGUGUACAGCUGUACAGUAUGUUUGUGCAAUGUGAGAACUUUGCUUGGUUUUCUGUUUUGAUUUCUCAGCCUUUUGCUAUUAUCGAUGUUGCGUUUGUGAAUUGUCAGUUGGAUUGAAAAAAAACCCCACAAAAAUGCAUUCACUCUCAAGAGCGGCAGUGUCAGAAGUAUCCGUACACUUUUUUGCCCCCUAAUCGGUGGUUCCCCUCGUUGGUGUUUCGUCGUCAAUGUGCAACCUAAGAUUAAUCUAGAGAAACAAAAUUCGUAAGCUGUUACUAAUUGAUUAAGGCAAACAGAGAAAUGAAUACAGCAAAACAGUACCUAAUCCCUCCAGAACAUAAAACAAAGCGUAACAACAAAACCCAAAAAAAACAGAGAGGGAAUGUUUUAGGAAUAUUGAAUUAUUUAUAUACAGUAAACACAAUGAAUCCUAACUAACUCUAACUCACGCUAUAGCUGUUGAAAAAUUUCGUACCGAAAGUGUCAGGUUUCAUCCAACGUACACUUUCACCAGAUCUUAGAGGACAGAGAUGAGCUACAUGAAACACUCGGGGGAACUAUUUACACCAGAAUGGCGACACAGUCCUCCCUAUAAGCUCCACCCGCAGUCAAAAUCUAUUGCCAAACAUUAUCAUAGCCUGAAAACAAUUUUCUAGCUUGUAUAUACUGUAUAUUGUUCUCUGAAAACAACCCAAUUAUCUAUAAAACGCUGAAAUAUACACCUAGAACCAAAGAGAAAUAUAAAAAACACACACACACAUAUAACGGAAUGAAGCGAAAGUAUAAGAGUUGAUUGAAUCAUAUCAGUUCGAAGUAAUUAUUUGAAAAAAAAACGAAAAUACCUAUACACCUAUACACGGAAAACACCGAUAUACUUAUUAAACAAAACAAAAAAAAACAAAAAUCGCAUAUGUAGCAUAUAGUUUUGAACAAAGAAGUAUAAAAAUAAAAUCAAGAAAGGACUACAGCCCAACGAAAGUGAACCCACCUUUUUAAAGAGAGCGUGCUUUCGUUUGGUUCUCCCUCUCCGUAUCUCAACGACUACUCCCACCCCCACCAUCAUGGUUUGUACAUUUCAUAAAAAAAAAUCCUCGGAGCUAUCCCACCUAAAUUAUUGCGUUCCACCGCGCGGUAUAUGGAGUUGCCACCAUUUUAUUUUUUCAUUUUUUCAAAUGGCGCAACUUCUAUGAUCGGUUCCAAACCAUCUGUUACGUAGAGAUUUUGACUAUUAAUGUUAGAGAGUGAAGCGUUAGUGCGAGCUGAAUAGUGAAACAAAAAGUAGAGAGAAAACACAACAAAAUCUAAUGAAGAUUACUGCUAGGGCGUCAGCUAUUUCAGUUGCUUCAACUGUGUGCCACCGGAAAGUGAAAGAACGUAGAAAAUCAAAUUUUCUCACCAUAGUUUUAGAGACCCUGUCAAUCCAGCAAAUCCCCCCAUCCCUAUUGCCCCCUUCCACGCCUUUUUGACACGAACGCAUUUUUACCGCAGCUAGAGAACAUAGUGAACCUCCUAGAAGGGUUAUACUAUUACUAUUACCAUUACUACUACUACUACUAUUUUAUAUGUUGUGUUAGAGAGAGAGCAGAGCAGAAGAAAAAACCACUCACAAAAGGAACAACACUAUAUAGGAAUCAACUUUAUAUGCCCGUAUCAAAUCCGUACUGAGAUAUAUUUAGAUGAGAGAAAGAGUAUUAAGCAACCAACACAUCCACACAUACAAAAUUUUUGAUCUAGUUCCAGAAUAUUAGAAACCGUGUCUGUCAGCAACCGUGUAGUUGAAUCUGUACGAGUGUUCUGUCCGGAGAUGAUCCUCGUUUGACGUAGUGAUUAGCGAUUUAGCUUGUGCAGCUUGCACUGUGUGCCUGGGUUUCUUCAUUUUUGUUUCCGAUCAAAGGAAGGAAGUUUCAAUUGCUGCUGUCUAAUGCGCGAUAUCGAAGGGACAACUUCGACAUACAUUAUACAUUUUGAACAAAUGUGACGCAAAUAUACUGUCUACGUAAAAAGGCAAACAUUUAAAUGAAAUUGAUGUUCUUUGAAUACUUUAAACACGUAAACCUAAACCUUUCUCAACUUUUUUCAGAAUUUCAUCAUAUUUCCACUGAAACAUCACCACGAAAAAUCAUACUUGAACACAAGCUACAUUCAACAUUUUUCUCACCGUUGGAAAUAAAAACAUUUUACUCUAUUGAAUAAAAUAAUCGGUACGGAAAAGUUGAUUUUCUUUCAUAAUUUGUAAUUUGAAAAUAGGUUUAUUCCACCUGAAAAUACUUUUAGCUUCACGCGAACGCAACCCGAAUAUUAAUCCUGUCGGCGAACAUAACGACGAUUGACAGAUACUAACGGUAACGCUUGUAUUCCUCGCCCUCCAGAAUGUUUUUUCAGCGCAGGUGAAUGGAAAAGCAGUUGUCAGUUCGCAUAGUGGAAGGCAUUUCAAAUACUAUGAUAAGACCUGAAAAAGGUGUUUUAGUUUGUGGACAGUUUUUCUACCUAAAUCAAUUCAUCUGAUUCUUGAAUAAAACAACUACCAUAUAAAUUCCCAAUUCAUGUCAUCAAUCGAAAGAAUUGACGCUCUGGAUGUGUUAAAAUUGGCUUGAAAUAAUUGCAAACUAAUAAAAAGGUAUUUGAUUAAAUUGUAAAUUCAAAUUUAUAGUAUAUGCCACAAAAAAUACACGAAAAUAUGCAAAAAAAAAAACUUUUAAAAACUAUUUUUGUUGAAUUAUGUUGAUUUAACAAAUCUAACGUUAAUUACCAGAAAUGAAUCAGAAAGAAUCGUAAAAAUACUGCUCAGGCAUUGAGGUUCACGCCCAAGAAAUUGACAAAACUAAUUUUGGAUAUUUCAUUUCACAUUUAGAUCUGAUAUGUGAGGAUUAAUAUCGUUUGGCUAAGAACACAUGUUCACCAUUAGAACACUCUGGAUCUCUCAGAAUCUACGUUCGUUCGCUUUUUCAGCAUCAUUACAGGGCUUUUAUUGUUUCCGUCAUGAAGAGACGCUUUCACAAUUAGGAAAAAAUAAGAUUGGUGGACCGAGAGAAACAACAAGAACAGUACUGCAAGCAAAAUCGGUCCUUAGAUCUACAGGUAGUUUAAACAAUUAAUAUACGAACGCAUGUUGCUAAAGUAAGAAAUUGGGACAACAGAUAUGUCAGGGCUCCGAGACUUCCAGAUCUCUCUUAAACCGAGAUUAUCCAUGGAAAAGAACACUCACGAAGAUGAUCCCUUAAGAAUAGAUGUGUUAAGUAAAAAAUCUUUGAAGUACCAGCCAGAAAUAUCUCCGUUCAUUGAUGAUCAAGAGAUAUGUGGCAAUCAACAUCUGCAUUCUUUCACAACUAUAUCUCUCACAGUUCGAAUUCGGAAAUCUUCAAUUUGGCUAACGAGUUCUGAGGUUCACCAUGCGGAAUACCCCGCUAACGCCAGGGUCUGAAUUUCAAGUGGGAAAUCGGUUCCGGCUUGAAACUAGGUUCUUUUUUGUCAUCUUCUAGAAAUAAUAUUGAGAGUCAUCCCUGAACAGGGAAGGGAGCUGGUAAGAGAUUUUCUCCGUUCAGGACUCUUCUGCAAAAGGUAACUAAGGGCACUACUGAGCGAAGACUGCAUCUCCGUCAUGGGAUAUAGCGGGUUUACAUUAAGGAGAUCUAUAGCUAUAGAUAGAUUUAUUCACGCGAAAAUAGAUUCCACCGGUGAGAAUAUAUAUGACACAUUCCAUCGAGGUAUAUAUAACUGCUUUAAAUGGAAUAAAUUCAGGCAUAUGUAAACGUUGGUGAAUUUCUCACUGGUGAGAAAUCACUAAAGUUAGAUGCAGUUCUACUUGAGGUGAAUAAAUUCACCGAAAAUAUGGAUAUAUUCAUUAUAUAAGUUGAUGCGGUUGAUGCGAUUUCUAUAAAUCUCAUCAUAUUUCUUCACAUGAAUAUAUCCCUAGUCUAAACCCACCGUCAGAAAGGAAUACAAAUGACCCUGCUGACUGAGAAAUAUCGGCCUGCCUUCAAACCUUGUUACAGUAGAGGAAUAGGAUGCCAAGGCUCCUCUUUUGGUUCACUGAAAGCGAGACUUUGUGCAAAUAAACCGGAUCAACUCUACACAGUGGUCUCCCUCCUUCCCAGUCUAUUAAUGAAACAGCCGAAAGGAUCCCGGUUGUACGGGCAGAGUCGCCUUCAAAAUUGAUUUUUUGGGAGUAUGAGAGAUCGCAACCUGUGUCAUUGUGAUGAUGGAAGUUGCAAUCUAUGACUCUAUAAGGGUCUACCAAGUGUCCAACUGCCCAAGUACUUAGAACUCUGUGGUAUUUCACUCAAUAGCUUUGAAGGCAUGGCAACAUUGAACCUCUGCACAACUGGAAAUAGCUUAAAAGAUGUUUGGAGGUGAAGGAAACCAAUGAUUGGAACCUUUUUUUUAUCUAAGACGGCCUGAUUAAGAUUUCUGAAUUUUAGGAUACUUUAUUAUCACAAGAUUGUGAUUGUGGUUCUAAGGCUAUUUACCAAACUGAUGUUGCUUUACUUAAUGCCUAACCGAUGUAACGGUAGUUGCAUUUAAUUGCUGCGCAAACGGAACGAUUACGAACACUUCCCGGCUUCCGUGGACAUAAUCUAUUGAGAAAAUAAAGUUUUAGCGGUACAAUGAUAGAUAGAUGGUAUCUCACAAUCUUUCUAUGGAAAAUUGUCCAAAAGCAGUGAUACCCUUUCAUAUUUGCGAUCCCCUUUGAAAAAUGUGUGUCGCGGGCUCUGAAAGAAUCAUCAAGAUCAAUGCUUAACUCUACAGACACAUUUCACUUAAUGUAUUUGAGAUGUUCACUUCGCAAUUCCCCGCUUUUGUGACAAAACCAUUCAAAUAUCGUGUUCAACAAACAGUGUGUUUCUUGUCAUGGUCUCGAUUUGAAGAUAUGAUAUUGAAAAUUCAUUCUCUCAAAGAUACGCCGAAGCAAACAGCAUACGGAUCUUCAAUGUCUACGAGGCGAGUUUCUCGUGUGACUCAUACAUGACAAACCAAAACUGGUUCAAAUACUUUUCACUGAACGAAAAGCGAAAUGAGCAAUUAUUUUUCAUGUCAUCUGUAUCUAAUUUGGAGGUCUACUCACACCAAUUGAAGAAGCAAACGAGUUGCUGGCUAAUGUAGCUGUUUUGCAUCGAUGUAAUCGAUGUAAACCCACUCGCAUCUAACAGCGAAUCAUGCGCCAAAACUUUGCCAAUAUUGGCACCGUGUCGGUCGGAUGCUUCCCAGCUUAACUUAGUAUGCUUGUAUUUGUCUUUGGGAAGAAUUCAACAAAAAUGGAGAGAGAAAAUACACAUUUAGUAAAGUAGAUUGUUUUGUUAUAAAUAUAUCAUAUGAUUACAUGGAUCACUCAGAUAUGUUGGGAAUACAUAUAAUGAAUCAAUCAUACCUAGCUGCCAAAAUAGUGUCAACAACCACAAAACGAGUUCAAAGUUUCGUAUAUUGUUCAUUCUGAUACAUUUAUGGUUUCAAGCUUUUAUGGGAUUGUUUUUGUUAUUAAAUUUAAUACCAUUUAUAUUCGUGCAUUACGUGUUCUAAAGAAUAUCACAAAGCUGCUGCUUUUUAGAGCUCAACGCUUCAAUCUAUUUCUAAAUCAUUUCCUCUAAAUUCACCCACUAAACUCUUACAAAAGGGAGCUGGUGGCAGACCAACCAUGCCAUGUCUCAUCGAUCAGCUAUAUUUUAAUUGGAAUAAAAACGUCUCAAAAGUUGUGUUCGGUAGUGUUACUACUACUGUUAUGGUUCCUGCUGCUCAUAAUAAACAACGCUCAGUUGGUUCCACAACAUGAGCUUGGUACAAGUAGGUCAAUUACAUAACUGAGCGUUAAGGUCAAUAUAAGUUCCAUAAAAAUUCGAUUCUGAUAGAUCGACUGAGAAAAGGAGUAUACUUCAUUUGUUAGUUCUAGCCUUGAAAAUACACAAACGAACUGAUUAGGCUACCAAUUUUGUAGCAACUUUUUGAAUUCACCCAUUCCUUUAUACAGGAGUACCUGAACACGGUACACCAGAAAAUUAAAUCAGCCGUAGACAUCGAAAAACACGCACAAUGUUUUACGAAACAAUUCCGCCUAUCGUUCCAUGCCGAACACACACAUGGUAAGCGGACAAAUCAAGCUGUAGAAUUGUUCAUACAGAUUUACAGCCUGACUUGAAAUUACAGAAAACAAUACAGGUCAGAGGUUGCCCCUCGUGAUCUACAAUCUCCCUGUCUGAAUUCCCCUUCUAACUAUAUAAGAUGUUGUCCAAUGAAAACAGAGUUAAUUUAGUUUAUUUUUGCUUCUUCAUUGGAACGUUUCGAGGAACGGGAAGGGUUAGCUCCAAGUCCAUUACUUAUCCCAAAAUAUGUCAAGAAAAUUUCCUAUCCGAUGAAAAACCGUGACAAUCUGGAAUUAAACCUAAUGCUUAUGUCAGUGCUGGCCUUGAAUUUUCGAAGGAAUUCCCGUUUUACUAGAUUCUCGAAAAAGCUUUGCCAAUGGGAUUGUUCACAGGGCCGGGUAGCUGAGCAAAUCUAAGCUUAAUUUCAGUCGAUACUUGAGACCCAUCAUUACCUCCAAGGUAUAAAGAUGUCAACCUGAAUCUGCAAUGAAAUCUGUCGCAAUACAGAGAAAUCUCGUCAUAAUUACCUGCCAAGCAACUACGCAUUUUUGCUCAGUCGUUCAGUUUAUUGCAAUAUAGAAAGUUAUGAACUAAGUGUUGAAAUGAGAUCUUCUAAUUUCUCGUAUUCUUGGGUACCUGGGCACCUUCGAAAGCUGAAUGAAUUUCAGGCACUCAACAAGGUGUUUCCAGGAAACUUGAAAUGGGGAAUCUCAAGAGAAAUAUGAAACAAAAGUUCGUCCAUGAUAUCUUUUUAUCGAUGGUUACACAGUUUGCUAUCUCUCGUAUAUUUAGACAUGAGUCAUUGAUAAAAACAAUUUCAUAUUUUUGUUAAAGCGAGCUGAUAUAGCGUAACUAAGCCAUGCGCUAUCGACCAGAACAAGUAACAGUCGGAAGGGACCAGAUCUGGUAACAAACGAAGGGUAUGGUUCCGAAACCCCUUUCAACAUCUUUAUGGUGUCCUACACAAACCGGGUACGAUGGGACAAAUUAUGUGCUACAAUAUCACACCAAAUUCAGCAGUGUGGGAAGCAGAAUAGUUGAACCCCAAAUUAGGACCUUACAAAUACACUUUCGUCGACAAAUCGUUACUCAAUAAUUAACCUAUUGCAUUUCAAGUGGCAUCAUAUUCACGCUGGGAUAUCUGUUCUAUUUCGUAUACGCUCCUUUCGCUCCACGCUCAUUCCUUUCUUCCUUCACACUGAAGCGAGGAUUUCAAUUGUCGUUUCCAGAGCGAAUUGAUUGUCAUUGAUUGUUUGAAUGAAAGUUUCGUUAUUGUAUUCAAAUCGUGUUUGUGUUUUAGUACUUGAUAGAAAUUUCCUCAUAAUUCUUCAUCUAACUUGUUCCAUGAAACGAUCAUUCAAUCUUUUCCUAAGCUUGUCGUUCUAGAAAUCCAUAAUUUAUUGUUAGUCUGGAACUGAAUUGAUGACAAUCAGAAACAAAAUAAUAGAAAUUCACACCAUUAGAUCCACGAUAUUUUUUAUUCGCAAGCAAACCACUAUCAGAAUACUUUGGACCGGAUACCCAUUACAAACAGCAGCAAUUGAAACGACUCCUCUUAGGUAGCAUUUCACAUUGAACAUACAACUAAGAUCCAUCCAUAGAAUAAGGGACAACUUCCUUGUAUACAUAGUUUUGGUUACUGGUUACUUUCCACCACCUAAUCCAACUCAAGCUGUUGAAGCUUACAUUGCGUGAAAUCUAUCAAAAUAUUACAAAAGUGGACAAAACUAGUUUAAGUACUAGACGUACUGGAGUGUAAGCUAGAGAUCUCUCGUUUUCUUUCGCAUGGCCAAGCAUCUACAGAGCACCCAUACAUACCGUAGGGGCCCUUGCAGGCCGUCUAUAUGCACUUUUAACCCCCCUCACACACACACAAACGAACAGAGAACAACUACUAUUUUAGAACCUAGACAGAAGUGCAGCGAGUUUCGACGGGCUGGCGCUGUGCAGUUAUUUAGAACUCUGGUUCACUAACGGUUAAUUAGGACGAAAAAAUUAACAAACCGUAACAAAACGUGGGAAAAUCCUAAUCGCCUUCUCAUCUAACACGAAGUAAAAAAAACAAACAAACACUACUGAAAAGCUGAUUUUAAUCCGUGCAUUCGUGAUGCGGUGAAUAAGAAUAUUAGUGAGUUUUCAUUCUCCUAGGUUUUAGCCAUCAUUAAAUACUUAUCGAUAACGAUGCACAUUCAAUGCACACAUACACACACUUACAGAUUUAUUGAGAUUAACUAAUAUACACACACGUAUUUAAACAAAACAGAAGAAGAAGAAAAAAGUUUAUAAACAAAAAGGCAGAAUCUUUAUAUUGACUCGCGAACAAAAAAAAACAUUGAUCGCGACACAUUCGGUAGCGGAUAAGUAUUUGACGCAAAACAAAAGGAUAAAACUAGAGGAAAAAUGAACCUAUAAAUAGCAUGUAGCGAAUAGGAGGGCUCUUGCAGAAAAAAAAGAAUGAAAAAUUAUUACAUGGAACAUUGUAUAAAAUAUAGGAUACAGGGUAUUUCUUGCAAUUUAGAAAAAAAAAUGUUGAUUGACAAAACUAUUACUAUUGAACAGAAGAAGAAGAAAAAAUUUGAAACCAAUUUAGAUGAAAAAAUUAUUGCUGCCACCGAGCGGUAAUUUUUUUCCUUUUUGCAAGAAAGAAAGUUUGUUUAUUAAAAAAAAUGCGGUGAACGUACUUAAGAAGAAUAUUCUGUUUUGUGAUAUGAAUGAUAAUGGAGGAAGAUGAGAAACUAUUAACAAAUUGAUAAAAUAGUAACCAUAUUUGAGAAGAUUAAGUGGAGGAAACAAAAAAAAAUGUAAACAAUAACAAUUAAUGAAUUUAAUAAAAUUACGCAUUAUUAUUACAAUUAUUAUUACCAUAUUAACUAAGCAAAAUUUUUGAGAAACUUGAUCACGCUUUUCUUUGUGUUCGGUGCUGACAAAGUCUGAUAAUUCAUUCAAAAUCUCCGGUCCGUAUAGUUUUCGCACCUCGACCCUCUUAAUUGUAUUCUCCUUCUUCACAGAAACAAAUCCUCGGCAAACGAAACUUAAACACAAGAUUAGUAUUGAAACUAUCAAACAAGCACAACCAAAGCCAGAGCGGAAGCUUGAGGAACAAAACAGUAUAAGUAGCGAGUCACGAUACAAACCUUGCAUUAGAAGGCUAUAAUUCUAGAUAUACAAGUGAUGGUAAACCCAACGCGUAUUGACACAUACACAGACAGCCAGACAGUAGAUCGUGAAUGAAGGUAGUGCUGAAGAACUGGUCGAAUCUGUAAAUUAAACGAUACUAAGCGCUUCAUAUAUACAUUUAGCGUAAACCAUUGAAAAAAAAAACAAAAUUACAAGUGAACACGCAAAGAGAGAAAAAAUAAAUCAAAGUAUUGGUUGAGUUCAUUACAAAAAAAAGUAUCAUCGAAAAUCGUUCGGGUGGAAACAGUGGGAAAAUUAACACUUCAAUAGUCCAAAAGUUUAGAAUCCGGUUUCGUUUAUUGCUCUGCUCUAGCAAAAUUAAUUACGCGAUGAAUGUUGACGAGAACUUAUAUUCGUUUCAAAUUACGUGACUACGCUUGAAACGGAAUGGAAAACUUCGGACAUCAUUGCGUUGAACCAAGAGGUUGAUAUAGAAUCAAAAUUUCAACGCACAAGUAGUGGAAGAAUCAUCUGUCUAUAAUCGUUCAUCCGUUGAAGAAAAUAAACCUAACCCAAUCAGUGAAAUUUAUCCACUGUUUGCCACAAAAACGAUUUGACAUAACCCAACAAUUGUUUAUGUUUGAUACAAAGUACUUGUCUUGUGAGAAUCACCUCCAUUCCCUUCAACGUUUCCUUCCUGCCUACUUUACACACCCACAACUACAUGCUGACAUGAAGAGAACAUAAUUAUACCACACCACACACAUGGAGAAAACUUUAAUUGUUGCGACAAUAUCGUAUUAUAAUAAAAGAUAAUUAAAAAUUGAAAUGAAGCCUUAAACAUGUAUAUGCAUCGUAAAGGAUGCCAAACGUGCAUGAGUUACAUAAUAUGAAAACGAUAGUUGGGAUAGCAUCGGAAGAAGCAGAAGAAAAAGCAGAAGGUCAAACGUGUUUCCCAGCAGCUGAGACGAAAAUACAUUUAAAACGAUACAAAAAAAACGAACCGGUGAACAAAAAAAGGAAAGAAAAAUAAAAUCACAACCCAACCAGGAAGCAGAUAAGCGAGCGAACUGCAUUAGCAAAAUGUAACAAGUCCUGCUAUUCGACCAUUUGAAUGGUUUCAAUCAAAGAAUUUUCUCUUAAAACAUGAUAACAAAUACUAAUUCUAUGAGAUACAAGCAGCUAAACAAUGUUUAAUAAAUUGAACAUAGACACAAAUCAUAACAAAAAAAGAUAAUAGAAUGAGAUGAAGGCAAAGGCAAGUUCCGCCUGUAAUAGAAACAGAACACAUUCUGCUUGGUUUCAUUUUCUUUUUUCGAUUAGUUCUGAGAAAUGACGUCCUCUGCUUCACGAUCGAUCUGGGUUUUAUCGACAGCCCCCGCAUCCCACGUCCUUCAUCCAGCAAAAUAGUUGAUACUUGAUUUGAGUUGAACAUUUUUCGGUUGUAUUACCGAGCAUACCAGCGUACGCAUUUUUCAGCACCUUAAGAUAAAGAGUAAUGAAUGAAGAUAAGAAUUUAUUUGGAAGGUAAACAAAUAAGAAAAAAAAACGGAAGAAAAUGAAAAUAUAGUACAUAAAGGUAUAUAUUUAUAAAAAGUAAAAUUAUUUAUAUUGAAGAAAAAACACUUAAGGAAACAAAUGUAAAAAGAACUAUGAUCUAAAUUUUAAGUACAACAGUAUUAGAUUAAUCAUGAACAUAAAAUAAUAAAGAAUACUGGAACUAGUUUAAAUUGCCCUAUUAUUUAACACGCAAACAAGUAUUCGUAAAACAAUCCAUUUCGAGAUCCUAUGAGAAGUACUUAGCAGUCAUAAAAGGUCCUUGAAAUUAGGUGAUUUCAAUGAAAUUUUAUGGAAUUAUGCAAAACAAACAUCACACGAUAAAACAAAACAACAAACCAAUUGAGAAAUGGAAUGAAGAAAAAAAAGUUAUAUUCAAAAGUCAUAUCAGGCAAAACUCUAAAGUAAACUUUUAAAAAGUAAAAUAAUAGUAAAAAUCAGCUUACAUUUAUAUUUUCCUUUUUGAUUUUUAGAAAAAUUUUAUACGUACUCGUUCAUUAGAGGCGAAUCGUAAUAUAUCACACUCCGCUGAAGAAGUAAAAAAACAUACACUUACACGACUUAUACACAUUUCCUGACAGGCGUACAGAGAGAAAUGAUUCAUGAGCACAUGACUAAUGGAGUGAAAGAUAUAAAAAUUAAAAAAGAACCAAUCUGAAGGACACUGAACUGUCCAUCUAGCGUAAUCAAUUUCUCUCUGUGUGUUCGUUACGGAUCCCUUACAAACGAAACACACGAACACGAACCCCUUAUACAACUCACCCAACGCAGCAAACAAAACACUAAAAAGGGGACAUUUGAGGGACAAACAAAAAGUGACUAAUCAAUUAAAGCAUAACAGCCAUACUAUUAAUAAUUCAAGAAACAUAACAUACUUAUUUGCGGAAAGCGCCACACAUUUCCUUGAGAUGCUAAAAGAAUAUUAACAGAAACUUUAGGGAAAUGUACUAAGCCAGUAUCAUAAUAAACAAAAAUAGUAUUACGCAAGUAAGAGGAAAAGUAAAUCAUAUAACAAACACUAGUUCAACAACAACAACAAAAAAUGAAAGCUUAAUUUUAAAAAUCAAAGUCCCCCGUAUUGAUCUUAAACUGGUUUGAAGUAGGAAAAGUGCAUACAACAAAAAGUGGAGAGAUUCUUCUAUGAUUUGAUGGAUAAGAGCGAAACUAAGCAACUAUAUUUGACCACACUUUAUACACACACAAACCAACAAAAAAAAAACACUAAAAUAUACAAUAAUUAUCAUUUAAGACAAAUUAAAUCUAUCAACUUUCGUCAUCAAUUAAAUUAAACUUUAACUUUAAAUGCGAUAAAAACAGGAAUAUUGAUACUAUAUUUGGUCGACCAAAGCCCUCGGGAAUUUCCUGUUUCUUCGCGCAGCCGCAUCCGGGAUGCGCCCGAGUGGAUGCGGACCCGGCCCGAUUUAGAGACUUACUAACCGGCCGAUUUAGAGAGAACUAAAAACCAACUAAGAAAAACCAAACAGAAAAGAAAAGAGCUGAGCUGAGAGUGUGGAAUAAAACAAAACUAACCCGAAAGCGAAAGAGAUUUAACACAUAUUUAGGGGAGAAGCGAUAAAAUGAUCCCGCUGAGGAAAGCCCACGACAGAAAUCAUGCGAAAGAGUAGAUGAAUAAAAUGCCAAAAACCAACUUGUUUAACAAAUAGAGGAGAAAGUAAGAAGAAAGAGGUUACAAUAUUAUAAAAAAAAAACUUUGCCAUUUUAUUGAUAAAGGACGAAGAAAAAAUGAUAAAUGAUUAUCAAUUAUUAUUAGAAUGGAAGUAAUGGCGCGGAGGAAACGCAAAAAUAAAAUAAUUUUAUUAUUGAAUUAUUACAUAUUGAUUAUUAUUAUUAUGGUUCUAUUACAAUUAUUAUUAUUAGUAUCAUUGCAAAUGAAAACGUGCGAUACAGAAGAAGAGAAAUUGAGGAAAUCCUUGAAUAAUUUUGUAUAGUGGAAAACCAAACCUGUCGCCUUCGGGUACCGAUCGGACGCUUCUCGAUUGAGAGAGAUACAGACAGAGAUACUAGAAAUCGUUUUGUUCUGAGCAUCCGAAUAGAAGAGAAAUAAAAAACAGCAGCGUAUUUUCCGAAUUAUACCUACUCAUAAACAUAGUAGAAUACAGGAAUGCAUUACCCAUCAUCUAUUUAGCUACUGCAGCUGCAAAUAGUUAGCGCCCACCAUGCCAAGUAGUGGAAAUUGAAUAACAAUCGGUACUAUACACACACAAAAAAAAACAUAAAACAUAAAUGCGACGAUGGAAUUGUUCCAUCGGAAAAGUUACUAAACAAAAGGGUCAUAGUGGAAGCUGGAGGCGAAAUGCGGUCUGGCUACACGAAGGCCUGGAUUGGUUUGUCCAAAGAUCAAAUAUAUUAUUAUAUAUGAAGAAAACAUAUUAUUAACUUUAUAACAAAAGAAAAAUAACAAAAUAAAGUUAAAAAUACACUUUUAAA